AUGUCGGAUCAUUGCCAUGCCUGUAUCCUCUGUGGACUCCCAGUGGAUGAAGACUUGUCUGACUACAUUCCAAACUGGCGGGCGGAAGCUUGGAUGCUCUCUGAUCGACUGAUCUUUUUUGUCCAGGGACACUGGGAUGUGGCAUACAUGUCAGAUCCCCGCGAAAUGCUAUCCCCUAUCGGUAUCGAUGUGCCUGACUUCUCAAAGCCCAUUUGGGUACAGACGGGACCUGACUGCCGAAACUUUGGCAUGGAGUGGUGGAACUAUGAGGAGACGCUCUGCGGCUUUGGAAUCGAGAUUCAUUGUGCCUGUUGGGAAGUCCUGAACUCCUUCCGGCCAAACGAACAACUCGACUUCACAACUCUGAUGCGAGCUUGCCUUUCGUUCCCCGUCGACAACUCCAAGAUCCAGUUUGGGCUCGACUAUCAAGGAAGAAUUAACUACCGGAUGCAUAGCGAUGUUCCCGGUGACGAAUUCAACAGCCUCACCUUCUCUGAGAGAAUUGGACUCCGACAUGAGCCCGACCCGUCCCACCUCGAGUUUCUCUAUGAUCUCGAUCAAUACUUCGGGUACCCUCAUUGGAGACAUCAUAGCGAUGAUGCAUUGAACGAGUACGCGCCCAUCUCAAAGGUUUUGCCAAAGGCAAAGACCAAGGACAUAUUCAACUCGCUGCCCUCGGAGCUCCUGAGCGAGGUCAUGAACCUGCUUAGCUGCAAGGACGUUGGGAACUUGAGAAAGGCCUCUCGCGCAGCCGCUGUAGUGGGGCUCUCAGAGUCCUUCUGGAAGUCGCGCUUCCUUGCCGGCGGAGAGUUCGAGUAUCUGUACGAGGCUCACUACCUGCUCGAUGUCCCCGCCGAGCAGAACAAGUGGAAAGACUUGUACAUGUGGGUUGCACGUUUCAGACAUUCCGAUGCAGUCCGCCAGAGACGCCGUUUUUGGGAGCUAUCAUCUCAAUUCUAUAGGCUCAUUGACAUGGUGACUGAGAGCCCUUGUCACGGCACGGCUGCCUCAGGAGUGUUUGACAUCAGCGGCUAUGAAGACGAGCUUGUCUGGCACACCGCCAGUUCUUUUUAUGGCUCCUCGGAAGCCCUCUUCGAGCGUUUCCUUACGCUGCCGGAAACAGUUGACAGCAUCUACGUUUCCACUAUCCGAUGGCAGGGGCGGGAGCUCAUUACUGGACUCCGAUUCAUCUCUGGGGACGCCUCUUAUGAGAUUGGAUACGUUCGCCAGAAUAGUGAGAAGCCCGUUCAUAUACCCGAAGCAGAUCAGACAGGGGAGAGCGCUCCGAUCAAAGGCUUCCAUCUGACUCAGACGUCCUGGGGUAUUCGUGGGAUUGCUGUGAUGACCGAUUCAGGCGUCACGGAAUGGGUCGGUGACCAAUACGAGCACCUCCCGCGGCGGAAGUUGACCUUCCCCCCGCGGGAUGACAAUGACAUGACCUUCCCCCCGCGGGAUGACAAUGACCAGGACGAUAUUGUCAAGCACAUCAAAUGCGGGUUUGAUGGAAUCAAAAUGGUAUCCCUAUCAGUAUCUGAUGGGUCGAAGCCUACCGCGCCAGACCCGGACUCCGCGAGCACACGUAGGAAGGACAGGGCCCCGCUGAAGAACAUCCGGGACGAGGGUUUGUGGUUUCCACCCCUCCCACCAGACCAUCUGAACUUCGCCAUGGGCACCCAGUUCGUCGGUAAAACCAUCAGUAACUCCCCCGCCACCUGGAGCGCCUUUGGUGGUCUGAACGGUGAGAACCUUGAGGAUAUCACAGGCCUGAGGGUCUGGGUGCACGAUAACUAUGGUCAUCACGUUAUAUGCAGGCUUGCGGUCGAGACGUCCCAUGGUAGUGCAUGGGACAUUGGCGACGAAUUGCCAGAGUCAGGAGAAUAUUACUUCGCGAUCGAUGGCCAGAAAGGCGAACGCAUCACCGGCCUCUCAACUUACUACGCCCCGGUCGAGCAGGCUGACGAGCGUGAUGGGAAGAGUUUUCUAGGGUUCUCGGUACACACGAACUUUAAGCGAAGCCAGAUGUUCCCUAACGAAAUCGCGAAUACGACGGGAUCUUUCAGGCAGAUGAUUCCCGACCACGGUGGCCUAGUCGUUGGCUUUUGUGCGGCAUGGGUCGACGGUGAGCACUGUGAUAGCAGAUUCACUGAAAUCGGCAUUGUGUACAUCCCUGAGCACCCCGACGGCUACUGGUUAUAA